CCUGGGUGAACAAGCGCGCUCAAACAACAGACAGGAGAUGGCGUCGCAGGCGGUGAGCGCAUCGCAGAUGGCGAUGGUCGGCGAUGCGGAUGAUGAUGGGGUGGUGAAGCCACACCAGCCGUUCCUACAAGCCCUGCUGUUCAACAGCCCCAUGCCUGAAAAAGAUGUCCAACGGAUCUUCCAACAGGCUCAUGCUCAACACCAGCCUGCAGAAGGCGAGGAAGCACCUGACCUUCGGGAGUUUGUACAGCAGUGCAAUGACAAGUUGAAGCAAGUCGCAAUGACCAUCAACCAUUGCACAGACGAAGUCACCGGUGAUACCGUGUAUGCGCUCGUCAAUACGCGCGUGGACCUUGCCGCUCGGACCUACGCAACAAGGCUGGACAAGUUCACGCUUUCCCUCUUCAACGCUUUGGUGGAGGAGAUUCUGAGCGGAGAUGGCUUUGUCAAUGACAAGGACGCGUGGCAGCUGGGGCGACGCCUUGAGCUCGGCACAGCCAAGUCGGCCAAGCAAACGUAUCUGCAGAUCGUAUCGCCACCCUUUACCCUCCGCCGCUGUCGUCUGGGGUAG